UACUCCUAUAACUUUACACACAGACACCCACAAUACAAGUAUUUCAUUUUCUCUGCCAUUUUUUUUUUUGUACCCAAUCCAAUCUAAUCUGCUCAGUUCUUGUGCUCCAUAUUUGUUGAAAUUACUUCUUCUAAUCAAUCAAAAUCAUAUCUUUGUUUGUUAAAGUCCAAUUUCAAGCUUAAAAAAAACCAUGAAGGUACAUCCAGUCACACUACGAAACGACAUCAUAUCAUCUUUCUCUCCGGCUUGUCGGCAAAAGAAGCUUAAGCGACUCCCACAUAUCUUCGCGAAGGUUCUAGAACUUCCGUUCCAUUCAGAUGCUGACGUGUCAAUCCAAGAAACCUCCGAUUCAUUGCGGUUCGUCAUCCCAACUGAUGAUGACGUAGGCAAUAACAUAAGGGCCCACAUAGUUGAGAUCUAUCCUGGUGUUACUAAGAUUGUUAUACGAGGUGAUAAUGUUUUUGAUUCGUCUUUGUCUGGUUUGGAACUCGAUUUGUGGCGGUUUAGGUUACCGGAGGUGACUGUACCGGAGUUGGCUAGUGCCGUGUUUAGUGGCGGUGAACUGGUGGUUACGGUGCCUAAAGGGGUGGAUGACGGUGGCGAUGGUGUCGGUGGUGAUAUUGGUGGAGCUGGUAGACUUGUUCUUGUACAAUAAUCCUUUGUCCUCCUUUCUCUAUUGUCAACUAUGUUGUGUUUUCAAUUUUUAUUUUUUAGGUUUAGUUAAUUUCAAUUGUGGGAUAUAAUUUGAACUACCUGAUGAUUAAAUGAAAUGGUU